GAAACGAGAUCGUUAUCUUCAAGUGCUGCCCGCUCCAUCUCCGCGGAAUUGAAGAAACUUGGAACCUUAAUCAAUCGACUACGUUUCUCCGUGGGCAUGCAAAGAUAAAUUUACGCUGGUCUCCCAAAAUAGGCCUUCGAUUGCUUUGCGUCGCCUUUCUUUUCAAACAAGCGAUUUAGCAACACACAAGGAGCAGUGCUGAGCAUACGACCGCCAGACCCCGCGGUGGCAAUUCCAAGAUGAAGGACGCAUCCGAUAGCGGAUCACCAGCACCUCUACUGACGGCCGUGAACGUCGAGUCCCAGGUGCAUCUGAUCAUCGGCGCCAACCCUCUGGCAGCAGCUCGUUGUGCUAAAAGCAUUGAAGCUGGUGCCAAGCCAGUCCUCAUCGCCCCGGACACCGAGGACUUGCAGUAUACGUUGGUCGAGCGGAUUGAGAACGGCUCCGUGAAAUGGAUCCGCAGAGAGUUCGAGGACGCUGAUCUCACGACCCUAGGGAGGGAGGAAGUCGACCGUGUUGUAGACACAGUCUUCGUCACGCUAGGCGGAAACAACUCCACGAGUGCCCAUAUCUCCAGGCUGUGCCGUCGUCUAAGAAUUCCAGUGAAUGUGUCCGAUGCUCCAGACCUCUGCACAUUCAGCUUGCUGUCCACAUACUCGGAUGGACCUCUUCAUAUCGGUAUCACGACGUCAGGACGCGGCUGCAAGCUAGCCUCCCGACUCAGGAGGGAAAUCUCGUCCGGGCUCCCGUCAAAUCUCGGGAAUGCCAUUGACAGGCUUGGUGCAGUGAGGAAGCGCCUCUGGGCGGAAGAUUAUGCCGCCGGGCUGUGCGAUGCACCGCUAGAGGGUGACGAAGAUGACUCGACCGGCCAACGGCACACUUUCAACACGUUAGUCACAGAGGACGACAUCUCCGCAGCCAAAACCCGCCGCAUGCGCUGGCUGUCUCAGAUCUGCGAAUACUGGCCCCUUCGCAAACUAGCCGCUAUCACCGAUGAAGAUAUCAACGUCAUUCUCGAGGCGUACUCAUCUGGCAAAGACGGACUCAACGAUGUCGGCAGCUCGGAGUCUUUGCCAAAGAAAGGCAAAAUUGUUCUUGCCGGUUCGGGCCCAGGACACCCCGAUCUACUCACUCGUGCCACAUACAACGCCAUCCAAUCCGCCGAUAUCAUUCUGGCCGAUAAACUCGUCCCUGCACCCGUUCUAGAACUCAUCCCACGCCGGACGGAAGUCCACAUCGCGCGUAAAUUCCCGGGCAACGCAGACCAAGCCCAAGAGGAAUUCUUGAAAAUGGGCAUCGACUCCCUCCGUCGAGGAAGACACGUUCUUCGACUGAAGCAGGGCGAUCCGUACCUCUACGGCCGAGGAGGCGAAGAAUUCGAAUUUUUCCGAGGCGAAGGAUACACACCUGUGGUCCUCCCCGGUAUCACCAGUGCCCUGAGCGCUCCUCUCUUCGCGGACAUCCCUGCCACACAUCGGGGUGUGUCCGACCAAGUCCUGAUCUGCACAGGCACCGGACGAAAAGGCGCCGCCCCAGAACCCCCUACUUACGUCCCCACGCAAACCGUCGUCUUCCUAAUGGCCCUGCAUCGUCUGUCCGCGCUCAUAGAAUCAUUAACCACCGAGCCAGCAGAGGGUUCUCGCCCACGUAUCCCCUGGCCUAAAAACACACCCUGCGCGAUCAUCGAGCGGGCCUCCUGCAGCGAUCAGCGCGUCAUCCGGUCAACACUGGAGCACGUCAGCGCCGCCUUCGAAGCCGAGGGCUCAAGACCACCAGGCCUAUUGGUGGUGGGAGCGAGCUGCCAUGUCCUUCAUCCCGCUCAGGGUCAGAAAUGGGUCGUGGAAGAGGGAUUCCGGGAGUUGGACGAGCUGCUCACAGAGGCGACCUGUCGGGAUGCGUCUUCAUGAUCGUUACG